AUCGAUUUCCCCCUCACUACUCCCCGGCCGGUGAGGAAAAUCGCCCUUGUCGUCGUCACCGGCGACCGCGGCCUCUGCGGCGGUUUCAACAACGCCGUCAUCAGAAAGGCCGAGAAGCGAAUCGAAGAGAUCAAAAGCCUCGGAUUGGAUUACGCUCUGAUCAGCGUCGGGAAAAAGGGGAAUUCGUAUUUCCGUCGAAACCCUAACCCUAAUUUGGAGAAGUUGAUCGAAGUUGGGAGCCUUCCAACGGCGAAGGAGGCGCAAAUCAUCGCCGAUCACGUCUUCUCGCUCUUCGUCACCGAAGAGGUCGACAAAGUCGAGCUUGUUUACACGAAAAUCGUGUCGUUGAUCAAGUUUGAUCCCGUAAUUCACAGUUUACUUCCGUUGAAAAGGAAGGUUCUUGACGUUAAUGGGAAUUGCGUUGACGCCAUGGAAGAUGAGUUCUUCAGGCUAACUACCAAGAAAGGGAAACUGAGUGUGGAGAGAGAGAUUGGUGUGAGGAAAAGGGACAAGAAUGGAGGAUUUUUGUCGCCGCUUAUGGAGUUUGAACAGGACCCUGUUCAGAUUCUUGAUGCUUUGUUGCCAUUGUAUCUUAACAGCCAGGUAUUGAGGGCAUUGCAAGAGGCCGUGGCUAGCGAGCUCGCGGCGAGGAUGAGCGCCAUGAGCAGCGCCACGGACAAUGCGGUCGAGCUGAAGAAGGGGCUUUUGAGAGUGUAUAACCGCGAGCGGCAGGCGAAGAUCACCGGAGAGAUUUUGGAGAUCGUUGCCGGAGCUGAAGCAUUGAAUGAGUUUGAGUGGGUGUAGGAGUUGAGAAUUUUAGUGCCCGUUUGAAACCAUGAUUCGAUUAGGAAUGAGAAGUUUUUGUAAUAGUUGGCCUAGGAUUGGAAUGUCUAAUUUGAUUUUGUUGGUGUUGUUUUCGUUUGAUGUUUUGACUUGGGAUGGCAAAAGUCAUUGCUAGAAUGGAAUGAGAAGUUUUUGUUAUUGUUGGCCUAUAGUUGUGAGUAUAUAAGUUUUGCCUUGGCUGCUGUUUUGUUCCAAAUAUUG